AUGGCCUCAUCAUCUUCCUCAUCACCAGAACUUCUUGCGGCCUCCGCAGCGUCAUCAUCCCAAGAAUCCGCAUACGCCAACUUCACCCGAGCAGAGGUUUUCGAAGAUCUCUCCAGCCGUUUUAUCCUCAAUCUACCUCAAGAAGAGCUCGCAUCCGUUGAGAGAGUCUGUUUUCAGGUGGAGCAAGCACAUUGGUACUAUGAGGACUUCAUCCGGGAGCAAAACCCGCACAAGUUCCCUUCGUAUACCCUGAAGACAUUCUCAGAAGCAUUGUUCCGCGCAUGUCCAAUCCUGGCGGACAAGGCAGCAGACCACGAGAGAACCUUCGCCUCCUUCAUGCAGUACAAGACCCGCGUGCCAGUGUGCGGCGCGAUCAUGCUCAACGACACCUGGGACAAGUGCGUCCUGGUCAAGGGUUGGAAAUCGUCUGCAGGAUGGGGUUUCCCGAAAGGGAAGAUCAACGAGCAGGAACCCAAGCAUCGAUGUGCAAUCCGGGAGGUGCUCGAAGAGACCGGCUACGACUUGGAAAACCAAUUGGAUCCCGAGAACGUACUCCAGAUGUCUAUCAGGGAGCAGUCCAUCUCGUUGUACAUCGUGCCCGGAGUGCCGGAGGACUUCCAUUUUGAGACACGGACGCGAAAGGAGAUCAGCCGGAUCGCUUGGUUCCGAUUGAGCGAUCUACCAACUUGGAAGCGCAAUAAAAUAGCGCCAGGGAAAUUUUAUCUCAUCUCACCGUUCAUUGGACCUUUGAAAGCUUUCAUCCACGACCGCAAGCCGCGAAACCUCCCGCGUAAAGUGCCACGGCCGAUUACCCAGGCUCCUCAAGAGACGCACGCCUCCAGCGAAGAGGACGCGGCCGCCAGUAUCGAGCAAUCACCCUCAUCUCUUGUGGAUAACAACGCACAGGAGUUGAGCUCCCAGUCUUCCUCAGCCGAUAACGGCGAACCCCAUACGCCAUCUCCACAAUACAGCGCCGCUCGUGUGCAUCAGCCCUCGUUCGAUACUGGUGACAACGCUCGGGUGGAGAACCCCAUCGUGAACGGCUCGACCGCCGCCGGCAUGGAUCCAGCUCUUGCGAGGCUCUUCGACCGCCUAACCUUGUCGGUGGGCUCUCUGCCUUUGGAACAACCUGAACCUGCAAAGCUUGCAACGGCUGAAACGAUGCCAGCUUUGUCUUCUGUUCCACCUCCCAGAGAGCCAUCUCCUCAAGAACCAACGGUCAGCCCGGAUUGGUCUGCUCAUGCGCCUCCUCAUAGGCCGCCUACCUAUCUUCGGGACAAGCUCUCUCAUGCAAGGUCCUCGCCGACUGUGUCUGCCCGGUCUGCCGACCCCACACCCGUCCCAGCAGCCUCUCCCCUCCAGCCGAUGCCCGCUACGUCGCCUACGUUGAAGGCGUCUAGUCACGGGCGUCGCAGUUCUGCCUCUACCGCGGACUUGUCUCCGUACCUUUCGCGUCCGAAGGGUAUCACGAAAGAGAUGAAGUAUAUUUCCAUGCUAGAGAGUGUGGCUCAAGAGUCUGAUAGAGUCGCGUCGCGUAUGGGGCAUCGCCCUCCUAUACCCACUCCUCAAGGGCUUUCCUCCUACCCUCCGCACCCACCACCGUCGGUACCUCCGGAGAUGAUAUACUCGUCAGCGUCGGCGCCCCUGCACCAGUUCACCCGCGCUUUCCCUCAUCCGAUGCCGUAUUCCCCGCACCAUAUGAACGGAUUUGCUAUGCGUCCCAGCACCAGCAUGGCAUUGCACCACCCGCCCCCUCACUCUGCGAUGGUGCCGCGGCAAAGCAUGAACGAGGCCCAGCUCCGUGCUCUGUUGCCUCUGAAUGGCCAUGGCCCUGUUCCUGGUCCGUCCACGCCGUUCGGCCCCAUCCAUGGUCGUGUUCCCAUGGCCUCGCACCACAUGGUCCCGCCGCAUCGUCCUCUCAUGACUCCUAAUAUCGGUGAGCGAUACCAGUCUUUUGUACGGUGA